AAACCGAAUGAAAUCGCCCGGUAAAGGGCAUAAUGAGAGUGUGAGUGAUAGCUCUACAUAGAAAAAUCAUGGACCAUCCAAACGCCCAUUGCAUUCCGCUUUUCGGCCAUCAGCGUUCUUCGAGAAUGGAGAUCACCCUACUGCUUUUGUGGAUAGUAGUUGGUUUGGCUGUGGUCGCGUAUCUUGCUCAUAAAUGGAAAUACAGGAGCAUCAGGGUUAUUCCCGGUGCCAAGCCCGAUUACCUCUUGCUGGGAAAUAUACCGUUGUUAUGGAAAAAAAAGAAUGUCUACAAGAACAUUUUCCGAACCGAAUACCGCAUGUCGAAAAUAUGGUUGGGCCCAGUGCCGGUCAUCAACGUGCAACAUCCUGAGCUGGUGCAGAAAGUGUUGACCGAAUGUCUGGAUAAACCAUUCCCGUACGAUUUUAUGGAGCUCAAAUUUGGAUUGUUAUCGCAACGACGUAGCAGCGUAUGGCGAGAGCAUCGGAAAACGUUAAGUCCUCUUUUCAACUUAAAAAUUCUGAACAGCUUCAUCCCUGUAUUUGAAAGAGCGACCAACGACAUUAUGGAGAGGCUGGAAAAGGUAUCUGAUAGAAGAGAUAUCGAUAUGUUUAAGUAUACCAGUCAUUGCAUUGCCCAGAUGGUUUAUGGUACAAUGGUGAACAUUGAACAUGAUUCGGAGGAAGUCCAGCACAUCAUAUAUGAGUUAAUUGCGAAUUUGGAGAUCAUUCUUCAUUCUAUAGCAAAACGAAUCAUGAAUGGUGUGUACGCUCUGAAAAUUUUGUAUCAAAUGAGUGCAAUUUACCGAGAGGAAUGGCGCGCCAGAGCGAUAUGCUACGAUACGGUGAAUUAUGCCAUCAUGAUAAUGCGAAUGAAUAUACUCAACAAGCCGAGCGCACCCGAUGCAGCCGACACAAACGACCAAUCGAAGUCGAAAGCCUUUGUCGAACGAUUGCUUACCAUUCAACAUAAAGGGCGUAGCUUCACUGACGAGGAAAUUAUCAAUCAUGCUUACACGAUGUUGGUUGCUGGCUAUGAAACAUCAGCUUUGCAGCUGACGAAUAUCUGUAUGAUGCUAGCAAUGCAUCCGGAGAUACAAGAAAAAAUUGUCCAUGAGAUAAAGGCGGUAUUUCCAACGCCAGACUCUGCAGUCACACCUGAAACGCUCAAAGAUCUUCCAUAUCUGGACAUGACAAUAAACGAAACUAUGCGGCUCUAUCCAGUAGCAACGCUUAUUGCGCGGCAAAGCUCCAGUUCUCUCGAAUUGGAUGGAGUGAAUAUUCCCAAGGGAACGUGCUUCAUCGUGAACAUUGGUGAAGUUCACCGGCGGAAGGAUGUCUGGGGAGCGGAUCCGCUUGAAUUCAACCCAGAAAAUUUUCUACCCGAGCGAGUCGCGAACCGACAUCCGUACGCCUUCAUUCCGCUCAGUGCUGGUCCCAGAAACUGUAUCGGCUACCGUUAUGCUAUGAUUUCACUCAAGAUCUUUCUGAUCCGGUUAUUGCAGCAGUAUCGAUUGAGCACCAAAUUAACUCGAAAAGAUUUGAAGUUCAAAUUUCAAGUCACUUUGAAGCUCAAAAUACCAUAUACGGUGCAAAUAGAAAAGCGGAAUCUAUAUGAGGAGCGAGCAGGAGCUGGAUUAAACAUAUGAGCUUCUGAGAACCACGCAUAUUUAAUC